GAGAGUCGCAGAGGGUGGAACUGACAGAGGGGGCGAGGUUGUCAGGGAAAAGGAAAUGAAGGAGUAAGCAAGAUUGUGCCUGCAACACAAAUACGUUUGGAGUGCAGCAGACUUUAAAAGAAGACAGGCAUGUUUGGACACAAACUGCAGGAGAGAUCAAGGAGCAAGUGAGAAAACAACAAGCCAUCAGCAGCCAACCGUGGCCACCUUAUCUUUUCCAUCUAUAUACGGAAACCACUGGAUAAUUCAUAAGCCUCUCCCUCUUGUUCUGUCUGAGUGUGUGUAUGUGAGAGAGGGGAUUUGCUGAGCUCACCACCACCAUGCUGUGUCCUGCUGCUGUCAGUGCAGCUGCUGCGGCUGUCUGGCUGCUGGCGAUGCUGGGCCCAGGCCUGUCUCUUCCAGCUGAGGGCAACUCUGAGCCAGGCUUCAGCCUUUGCAGCCACUGCUUCUACAGACAGACGCCUCCUCAGGGAGCCUCUGCAGGGUCGCUGCUGCGCCCACUCUGCUACAGACUGGCUGGGGGACAGGCGUUUGCCACUCUGUCCAAACCGACCUGUGACACAGCUGUCUACUCGGCCUUCCAUCUCAGCCACGGAUGGACAGAGAAGGAGGGAGAGGAGGGCAAAGAGCUUGUGGCAGAGGAAGAAGAAGACAACAUUAAAGUAGCAGUACCAGCCCUACUCAGAGGAGACAGGAAUCCUUCUCAUGCUGUCUCGCCCACAGACUCCCUGCUUCAACACUGGGACUCAACAGUCACAACACUGGUCCAGUCAAGCAUCACUCCCCAGUGCAGCACUUUAGGGGGUGAUCUCUACAUCCUGACCGGGGUAGGAGGUUUCGGGGCUGCUGAGGAUGAAGACGAGGAGUGUCAGACAAAACCUCUGUGGUCUGCUGUGUGCUGCGCUGUCCCAGAUGGGAAGAGUGGCUUCAGCAUGGGGUUAAUCAGAGAGACAGGACAAGAGGAGAGGCAAGUGAGCGUGAAGGAGCUGGAGGAGAUGCUGGGAGUGUCAGAGCUGUUCUCAGAAGGCUGUGGAGGAGCAGAUGAGGAGACUGUUGGAAUCAGAGUGGGUCUUCAUAGCGAGGGGCUCCCUGGAAACAUAAACAAGCUGGAUGCAGAUUCAAAUGAGCACAUUAAGGAAAGAAGAAAGGCACCGAUCACUGAAGAGCUGGUGGCUGGUGAGUCCUCAGCUGACUAUGAAGCUGUGGAUGAACAAGAGACAGAUACAAAUUCCAGCAGCACUCUGGUCUACGUCCUCUGCACCACCAUGUCUAUCCUUACAGCUCCGCUGCAGCCUGUGUUCUCCAGAGUCACACAGUUACCUGGACAGGUGACAUACGUUCUUCAAGAAGACCUUGGGGUUCUGUCUGCCCUGCCCGGAGAAACCUUCUCCCUGCUCCACCUCUUGACCUCUGAUUUUUUGUCUUGGAUGGGCUUAGCUGGAGAAACAUUACUGGGUAUCGGGGAAAACUGCUUCUCCAGUGUCUACUACUGCUCCUCCUCCAUGCUGGGGGCCCUGCUGAACAGCUGCGAAACUGGGGUCACUGGCAUGGGGACCCUGGCUGGAGACACAGUGGGGAUAUUUAGUGAUGCGUUGGAUAAUGCUUGGUGGGUGACCAAGUUCUUUGGAGGGUGGCUGUGGGAGCAGAUUGAAGGUUACAUAGGAACAGUGUUGUCAGAGAUGGGGGGUCAGGUGAAAGCUGUAGGUGGAGGGGUGGAAAAGCUGGCGUUUAGAAGUGGAAACAGGGUGGGUAAUGUGUUUAAGCUGGGAGGGGGUUUAAUAACGGGGAUGGUGGAUAUGGUCAUUGGUGCAGUAAGAGAAGCUUUUGGGCAGGAGUCAGAGUGAAAAGUGGAGGGAAAGUCCACAUGACGCCAUUAGUAACAAACUUUUUCAAAUGUUUUCUCCAGUUUUGGUUUGUAAAUUUCUUUGAGUAAGAGUGUGAAAAAGGGGAUAGCCAUAUGUUUUUGAAACAAAUUUAGUGAAUUACAAAUGUCUUAUACUUACACAUCACUGUGGCUAGCUGUCCAAAUAAUCUGCUGCUGGUAUUAGUGACCCAACUGUGAAUUAAAAACACUGUGCACUAGGCUUUUGGAUGUAAUUAUUCAAAACAAUUAUUGUAUGAUAAAUGUUAUGAGAAAGGUUUGCUUACACAUACAUUAUAAUAAAAGAGAAUGCUGGCAUAU